AUGUCAGACUAACAUACUAAAUAAGAAUUAGUAUAAGAUUCUUAGAAAGAUAAAAAGAAAGAAGAGGAAAAACCAAAAGUACCAUACUUUUCACUAUUUAGGUUUGCCACUUUUACAGAUAAAUGCCUUAUGAUUACGGGUGCGAUAGCAGCAGUUAUCAAUGGUUUUUCAUUUCCUGCUUGGUCAUUUAUUUUUGGUUAAAUGGUUGAUUAAUUUAGCCCAACUUCUGGAUUUGACGGUUUAAUCCAUAAUGCUUCUGUUUAAGCUAUGUGGUUUGCAAUUAUUGGAGCUCUUUCUUUGGCUGUAAGCGCGAUUUAAAUAGCUUGUUGGUAGUACACAGGAGAAAAGCAAGCAAUUUGCUACAGAAAGUAUUACUUUUAAGCUAUAUUGAAGCAAGAAAUAGGAUGGUUUGAUAAAAAUAAUCCUAACUAGCUUGCAACUAAAAUAGCUACUGAAUGUUUUGCAAUACAAGGUGCAAUAAGUGAUAAAGUUGCUACAUUUAUUACUACUAUUUCAAUGUUUUUUGGAGGUUUCAUUGUUGCUUAUCUUAGGGGAUGGCUUAUGAGUUUAGUAGUUUCUGCUACUAUUCCAAUUAUCUUUGCAGGUGGUAUGAUUGUUGCAGUAGUUAUGAAAAAAGCUGAAUAAGUCAGUUAAUAGGCCUAUACCUCUGCAGGUGGAGUAGCAGAAUAAGCACUCAACGCUGUAAAAACUAUUAAGAGCUUGAAUGGAGAAGAUUAUGAGCUAAAAAAUUACUCCUAAAAAAUUAUUUAGGCUUACAAGACUAAUGUAAAAUUCAGUAUGGUUACUGGAUUAGGAGUAGGUAUCACUUUUUGUUGCAUGUUUUUAGCAUACUCUUUGAGCUUUUGGUAUGGAGGCAAGCUCAUAAAUAACGAAACCGAAAAUUCUAUUUAUGAUCGCGCUUAUACUAGUGGUGAUGUAAUGGUUUGCUUUUUCUCAAUUCUAACUGGUGGUUUUUCUCUUGGCUAAGCUACUCCUUGCAUUAAAGAUUUUAUGAAAGGAUAGCAAGCAGCUGUAGAAGUAUUUGCUGUUCUCGAUAGAGUUCCCUUAAUUAAGGAUAUUCCUAAUGCCAAAAAAAUUUCUAAUUUACUUGGAAAAUUUGAAUUCAAGAAUGUUUCUUUCUCUUAUCCUACUAAGUCAGAUGUAAAGACUUUAAAAAAUAUAUCUUUCUAAGUCUAACCAAAUCAAAAGACUGCUCUUGUUGGUGAGUCAGGUUGCGGAAAAUCGACAAUUAUGUAAUUAAUUGAAAGAUUUUAUGAUCCUCAAGAAGGUGAAGUUUAUUUAGAUGGUAUUAACGUUAAAGAAUUAAGCUUGAAGUGGAUGAGAAACCAGAUAGGAUAUGUUGGUUAAGAACCAGUAUUAUUUGCUGCUACUGUAAGAGAAAAUUUAUAAUUUGGUAACUUAGAUGCUACUGAGUCUGAAAUGAUUGAAUCUCUUAAGUAAGCCAAUGCUUGGGAGUUUGUAUAAAAGCUUGAAAAAGGUCUUGACACUUAUGUAGGAAACGCAGGAAAUCAAUUAUCAGGAGGUUAAAAGUAAAGAAUAUGUAUAGCAAGAGCUAUUUUAAAAAAUCCCAAGAUUCUCUUGCUUGAUGAAGCUACUAGUGCUUUAGACAGAAAAAAUGAAAGAGAAAUAUAAGAAACUCUUGAUCAUGUUUCGAAUGGAAGAACUACAAUUGUUAUAGCUCAUAGAUUAAUGACUGUUAAAAAUUCCAAUCACAUAUUUGUUAUUGAUGAAGGUUAAAUUAUAGAAUAAGGAAGCUUCUAAGAGUUGAUCAACAAACCUAAUGGCAAAUUUGCAGGUUUAGCAAAAAAUUAAGUUUUCCAUGAUGAAAAUAAUUAAAAUGGCGAAUUACAAGAAAUCUAAAUUGUAAGAAAAUAAUCAAGUAAAAUGAAUGAAAAUAACUUACCUUUAAGAGCAAGUUUCAAUAAAUCACAGCCUGUGAAUAAAAAUGAUCAAUGCAUAAUCGAAAUGAAAAACGAAGAAAAAGCUGAGGAAAUUGAACUAACUGAUGAACAGAUUGCACAAUAAAAGAAAGAAUAAAAAAAGAAAGAAGAGAAAGAAGAUAAAGCCUUUGCUUCAAGAUUGCUAAAAAUGAAUUAACCAGAAUAAAAAUGGCUUAUUUUUGCUUUAGUAAUAACGCUGGCCUCCGGUAUACUGUUUCCAUUGGCUGGGCUUAUUUUAGGUAACUUCAUAUCAACUCUCUCUUAGCCUUAAGAAAAUGAUUUUAUAGAUGAAGUUAAUCGUCUUUCUCUUUACUUCUUACUUUUAGCUAUUGGAUCUUUAAUCUUAUAUACAGUACAAUUACAUCUUUUCAACAGAGUUGGAGAAGGUCUUACUCUAAGACUUCGUCAAGAAACUUUCAAAAAGAUGCUGAGAAUGCCUUGUGCUUGGUUUGAUGAAGCUUCUAACACUCCUGGCACUUUAUCUUCCAAGCUCUCUUCAGAUUGCUAAAUUAUAAAUAUCCUAACAACUAAUGUAAUAUCUAUAUAAUUUCAAAAUCUAAGUACUUUGCUUUCAGGUUUGAUAAUUGCCUUUGUCUUUUCAUGGAGAGUAACUUUAGUAGGAUUGGGCUGCAUGCCUGCUAUGAUAAUUGCUGGAGCUUUAUAAGUUAAAUUUACUGAAGGAUUCAGUGACUAAACAGAUAAAGCUUACAAAGGAAGUGGAAAUAUUGUAACAGACGCAGUUACUAAUAUAAGAACUGUGGCUUCUUUUGCUAAUGAAUUAAAAAUUAUGGAAAUGAUGGAUUAACAACUUUAAAAUCCUGCUUAAGGAAUGAAAAAGAAAUCAAUUAUUUCAGGGUUAAUGUUUGGCAUUUCUUAAUUCUGUAUGUUUGGAAUUUAUGCACUCAUAUUUUAUGUAUCUGCCUACUUUGUGAGAGAUUACGGCGUAUCCAUUAAAGAAAUGUACGUCUCAAUGUUUUGUAUUUUGUUUGCUGGAUUUGGUAUGGGAAAUAACAAUGCCUUCGUUGGAGAUGUUACAGCUGCAAAAGCUUCUGCAAGAAAUAUUUUUAAAAUACUUGACUCUGAAGAUGAAAUUUAAUUUCAUUAAAGAGUUUACUCUCCUCAAUCCUUAAAAUUAACAUCACAUGGUUAAAUUGUUUUUGAUAAUGUUACUUUCUAAUACCCAACUCGCGACACUCCUGUCUUUAAAAAUCUUUCUUUCAAAAUUAAUCAAGGAUAGCAUAUAGCAUUUGUUGGCCCAAGUGGCUGCGGCAAGUCAACAAUUAUUUAAAUCCUACUUAGAUUUUAUGAUGACUUUACUGGUCAAAUUACAAUUGAUGGAGUUGAUAUCAGAUAAUAUGACAUAUCCUCUCUUAGAUCUAAUUUUGGAGUAGUAUUUUAGGAUCCCAUCCUUUUUGAUGAUUCAUUUAAAGAAAACAUUAAAUAUAACACAUCAGAUGCUACUUUUGAUGAUAUACGUAGGGCAGCAAUAUAAGCUAAUGCUAUCCACUUUAUAGAGGGAAAUGAGAAGAGGUAAGAAGAUUUGCAAAACGGAGACUAAACCCAAAUUUCAGCUUCUGGAUUUGAUAGAAAAGUAGGUAUCAAAGGUAGCUAAAUAAGUGGUGGUUAAAAACAAAGAGUUGCAGUUGCAAGAGCUAUUUUAAAAAAUCCUAAAAUAAUGCUACUCGAUGAAGCCACAAGCGCACUAGAUCAAGAUAAUGAAGCAAUUUUGUAAUAAGCUCUUGUAGAAAUUUUAAAAAAUAAAACAAGUAUAACAAUUGCUCACAGGAUUAACACUAUCAAAGAUUCAGAUGUUAUCUUUGUUUUGCAAGAAGGAAAAAUUGUGGAAUAAGGUAAAUAUGAUGAACUGAUGAGCAAAAAAGGUUUCUUCUAUAAUAUUAACCAUAAUUGA